CAUGAUUUUUUCGACGGAACUCAAAUCUUAAAAAAUGGUCACGUAGCUAGUGUGUUUGCAAAACUAGUUUUAACGAUCCCAGUUAGAACCUUGGCCCAAAAUUCAGGAUAUACUAUUGUUGUCCUCUUCGAUACGAACAAUCCAGAUUAUCGCAAUUUAAGUCAACUGAGAGUAGAGAGUAGAGAGAUAGAGCAAGAGAGAACGGUAAUGGCGACUGAGAUUGUGAUCCAAUUGGCUUUGCUACUCCUAACCCUAGCAAUGUUCGUCGCGGUUCACAAACUCCCAAGACAAGCUCUAAACAAGCUCCGAACAAAGAACCGAGCCGCUCUCCACACCAACCGCCACUUCGUCCAAGGGUCUCACCUCCUCGCUCGGGCCCGAUCCACGCACCACCGGGCCCAAUCCCAGGCCCACGCCAAGUCCGCUCUCAUCGAAGCCGAGAAAGCCCUCUCUCUCUCUCCAAAGGACCCAACCCCUCACCUCCUCAAAGCUCACGCUCUACACCUCAUGGGCCACACGGCCUCCGCGAUUCGAUCCCUAGACCUGGCCCUGUCGCCGCCGCGCGUGAAGUCCCUCUCCGAGAGCGCGCGUGGGGACGCGCUCGUGACGAGGGCCGAGUUGAAGCUGGCCAUGAAUCGGAAGCGGCGAGUUGACUCGGCCGUGGACGAUUUGGUCGAGGCGGUGAGGCUGAGUGGGAUUCGUGACAAAGCGACGGCGUUUUGUUUGUUGGGAGAGUGUUACGAACGGAAAGGAAUGAGAGAAGAGGCUAGGGAGGCUUUCCAAGAGGCCUUGAGGGUCGAGCCUGGGUUCGUCGCGGCUCGUCAGGGGUUGAGUCGCUCGGGACCGUGAACUUGGGUUGCUUCAACACCAAUUGCCUUCGCCUUUUGUAAUUUGCGAACUAUAACACUACCUUUUUUUUUUUCCCUAAUUUUUGUAUAGAAAGUAGAAACUGUGUAUUUGAAUUUGAUGAGUGAAAUAGAAAUACUGGCUUUUUUUUUUU